AUGGCAGAAGAAAAAGAGCAGAAAGGGAAACGUGGAGGGGUGGCAGGCACCAGGUCCAGCUACGAAGGUGGCAAGAAGAAGCCCCUGAAGCAGGCCGAGCAGGUGGACGAGGAAGAGAAGACAUUCGAGCAGAAGCAGAAGGAGGAGCCGAAGAAACCUGAGCCAAAAGCGAGGCGCCCCCGGGCCACAGGUGGAAUGAAGAAAUCUGGCAAAAAGUGA